AUGCAAGAGUCCGAGGUCGAGCUCGAGGUCGAGGUCAAGGUCGAGGUCAAGGUCAAGGGAGGCCAAGGUCAAGGUCAAGGUCAAGGUCAAGGUCGAGGUCGAGGUCGAGGUCGAGGUCGGGGUCGGGGUCGGGGUCGAAGAGGAUCGGUUUCGGCAAACCAGAAAUGCGAUCACCCACCAGCGCAAGUCCUGGUCCCAAAUUUCGUGUGGGAUCCGGUGCAGACGAAAUUCGGAGAUCGUUUUCCCUUCCCCAGACGAGACGAGUUGCCAGGCACUUCAAUUCAUUCUCCUCCUUUUGGGCCACCACUGUGGUACGUCACCGGCCCAGAUAGCAGGCAGAUGGGGGGGAUUUUCUUCUUCCUCCCUGGUCACGAGACGAGAUGCGGCUCUUUCUGGGCUGGGCUGGGCUGGGCUGGGCUGGGCUGGGCUGGGGUCAAGUGUCCAGGCAGAGAUUACUUUGAUCUCGUCUUUCCUAAGCCUAAGCCUAAGCCUAAGCCUAAGCCUAAGCAUGGAUAUCCGUACAUAUGGAUGCUCAUCACGAGUGGGACUGCCGACCGUUGUCGAUCGUUGUCGUGGAGGAGAGAGGAGAGAGGAGAGACGGGUGGACGGGUUGACGGGCGACGGGUUGACGUAGCAGCUCAGCUCCUCUGGCAAUGUCCAUCCGGGUGA